CAGAUCAUGAUGACACUGGUUGAGUUGGUGGAAUCUAAUGAUGACCUGGAGCGCGGCCGCGAAGCAUUAGCCAUGUUGAAAUCUCUUCUUGGGGAGGGCUAUGGAAUAUUCAGCCCCACCCUCCUUGGGUUGGAAUAUGAGUUCUGGACAAACAUGUCGGAUCAGGACAGAAGACUGAGCAUGGAGAAGAUCUUUGAAGAACUUCUUGAAUCAUCAGAGGAGUGGGCCCAGGAUUUGAACACAUUAGAUAAUACACUAACUGAUGUGUGGUGGCUGGUUAAACACAUCUUGCCAUUAUUCCGUGGAUGGCAAUUUGGAAACGUGGCCAAUUUUCUCCACGACUUCCAUGACCCCAAGGUCCCGAAGGACAUGUGUGUGAAGGACACAAUACACCUGAUGGACGCAGGGCUCUUCCUUAACUCUCCGUAUCCGUCCAUGCUGAGUGGGGCGAGGGAUAUUGACGUCUUCGUGUCUUUUGACUUCAGUGAGGGCUCUCCCUUCGAGACAUUAAAGGAAGCCCGUGAUUACGCAGCCACCAUCAAAAGGCCUUUCCCCAACAUAGACUUCGAGAACUUGGACCCUCACAGCCCAGAAUCAUUCUAUGUUUUUGAGGAGGAGGGCAAACCAACUGUAAUCCACAUCCCCCUCUUCAACAUGGAUAAUUGCAAGGAUGUGUCCACCAUCAAAAAGGAGUGGAAGGAAUACGCCACGUUCCAGAUGGCCUACAGAGACAAAAAGAAGAUCGACCACCUGGCAGAUUUGGCCGCAGAAAAUGUGAGGAUGAACAGAGACGGCAUCCUGAAAGAGAUCCGAAAAGCAGCUCUGAGAAAUACACACCUCGACUUUGAGGGCUGUGCCAUCAUGUUUAAACAUACCUGAAAACACACACACACACAGACACAGACACAGACACAGACACAGACACAGACACAGACACAGACACAGACAC